AUGACUGAAGUAGUUUUUGAAGUUUCCUCAGAUUAUGAUUCUUUGGGUAACAGUGCCUGUUUAUUAAUAUAUUAUAAUACAAAAGCUGAAAUUAAUAAGAAAAUUGAUGAUUUAGGGAAGUUAGAGGAUGGUAAUCUCAUUUCAGAAAAGUGUUCUGAAAUAGAUAAAUAUUUAGAAGAAGAACAAUUAAAAAACAGUUUUUGUUUUAAGGAUAGUUUCAUAUCACAUUUUGUGGAUAUUAAAGAUAAAAUAAGGAAUUUAUUAGAAACAUCUAAUAAAUAUUCUAAAUGCUUUAUAAAAUUAACAUCUAGCAACAAAAGACACAGUGAAUUAAAAAAUACAUUAUAUGAUGUUCGCGAAGAGGACGGAACGGAGUUGGAUGUAGAAAAAGGAAAUUCUAGAACAAAGAUCAAAUCUGUAGAAAGUUCAAAUGAACAAGUAUUGGAAAGAGAUAACUAUUCAGCAAAAACAGAAUCUGAAGAUACAAAACAAGAGUAUGAUAAUGAAUCUAGAUUAAGCAGCACACAAAUUACUUCAGAAUCCUCCUCAGGAGCUAAUUUACUUGUUAAUGAUCAUGAUUCUACUCGGUCAGAAGGAACGUAUGAAAAGGCUCGUUCUGCUGACCUUAGCCAAAACAAUGGUUCUUUACACGACAACCAUCCCCAUGGACAGUCAAAAGCUGAACGAGAUGAAGCGCAACCGAGUGUUCCGUCUUCACGAAACAUUUCUUUUCAUGAUCCACUAUAUGUACCCAACUCUAAACCUAAUAAAAACAGAAUUGGUAUUUUUAGUGCGUCAUUUUCCCAUGAUGGUACUAAAUGUGAAAAUAUGAAUAAUACAAACUCAAAAAGUGACGAUGAAGAAAUCAUUAUCAUUAAGCUCCGUAACUGUGAAAGUAAUGAUGUUGAAUAUGAAUUUGUUGAUGCCAUAAAUAAUAAAACUCAUAUGAGUGCUUCUCCAAAUGUACAUGUGUCACAAAAUAUUCCAUAUACCCAGGAAAUUAAAUUAGCUGUUUCACCUUCUUUUGAAGAGCCAUUAACUCGUAAUCAUACAUCUCCUGAUGAAGUGGCAAAUGGUGAACAAUCAAGAAGUUGUGAAGAACAUUUAUGUAGAGAAGGAACAGAAGGAACGGGAAAUCUUCAAGAUACAUCUAGUUUAAUAAAAAAACCUUGUUGUAAGUAUCCCAAAACUCUACAAGCACAGAAAGAAGCAACAGAAAAUUCACAACCUAAUAGCAUUUGUAAUGAGAGCAGUUGCAAAGAAUCAUAUAUAAACCAAGAGGACGGUCGAAAUCAUCAGACUAAAGAAGUAGGUACAAAAGUAAAAACAAGCACUCAGGACAUUUCCAGUAACGAUUCAAGAAAUGGAGUAUAUAUUAUGGAAGAUUCGAUAUUAGUAACAACAGAAACAUCUCAUGAAAUAUUUUCCAUAAGAAUGUAUAUAGUAAUUACUACAAUAAUUGUUGCCGGAAUUCUGUUAUUUUUCCUGAUAAAAAAGAAAUUGAAAAAAAAUUGGAACGAAUAUUAUCAGGAACAGCAAAUUUUGAAGAAAAAGUUAUCCUUAUGCCGUAUAGCUAUUCAUAAUGUGAAGAAUGUAAAAAUACGUAAGAAAUAUGAAGAAAGCAUUGAUAAACAUAAAUAA